CAAUUAAUUCUGAAUCUGACGUCUGAUUGGAUUCCCCCUUUUCAGCUUUAUUAUUUAAAUUUUGGUUCUUGCAAGCUGGGACCAGGAUUUCCAACAUGGCUUCGGAUGCAAAAAAAUAUUACCGAUCUAAAGAUGUCUAGCACAGGAAUUUCAGACGCUAUACCAGAUUGGUUUUGGAGGUCAUUUUCCCAGAUAUGGAACUUAGAUAUCUCCUGCAAUGGAAUCACUGGUAGUGUACCUGACCUUACAGACUUCAUCAACCUUGAGUAUUUUAAUUUGAGUUCUAACCACUUUGAGGGACCUUUGCCAAAUUUUAAUUUUUCAAGAUUGUGGUUACUAGACCUAUCGAACAACUCAUUUUCAGGAGUGGUUCAUCGUGACAUUGGCAAAAAUAUGCCUAAUUUGGAAUAUCUCUCCCUUUCCACAAAUAAUGUAAGUGGUGAAAUUCCUUUGUCUCUUUGUCAUCUUGGAUAUGGCAUUCUUGAUCUUUCAAAAAAAUCUAUUGUCAGGUGAGCUUCCUAAUUGCUGGAACCACUCUUCCUGUAUCUUUGUCAUAGAUUUUUCAAACAAUAAUCUAUCUGGAAGUAUUCCUCCAUCAAUAUGUUCAUUACAAUUUCUCGAGUCAUUGCAUUUGAGUAAUAAUAGUCUUUUAGGAGAACUCCCUUUAUCAUUGAAAAGUUGUGCAAGAUUAAAUACUCUUGAUCUUGGACAGAAUGGAUUCACCGGUAAAAUACCUACUUGGAUAGGAGAAAGUUUGUUGUCUUUGAAGAUCCUUCGCUUACGAUCAAAUAAGUUUGUUGGAAAUAUUCCUCCUAAUCUAUCAAGACUAAAUUCUCUUCAUAUCCUGGAUCUGGCCAAUAACAAUUUAUCAGAAACCAUCCCUUCUAGCUUUGGGAACUUUACUGCCAUGAAAGUAUCAAAGGAGAUGCAUGGAACCAUUUUAGAAAGUGGUACUUCUUAUCAUGAAAACAUGCAAGUGAUCAUAAAAGGAAUAGACAUUGAGUAUGCCAUAUUGCUUCCACUUGUGAUCGUUAUGGACCUUUCAAAUAAUAACUUAUCUGGAACGAUACCAGAAGAGCUGACCAGCCUUUUUGGACUCAUGAGCUUAAACUUGUCUGGAAAUCAUCUUACAGGAAAGAUCACAGAAAGGAUCGGUGCAUUGCAACAGUUGGAGUCACUUGAUUUAUCAAGAAACAAUCUUUUCGGCAAAAUUCCUUCAAGCAUGAUUGCCCUAACAUUUUUGAGUUACUUGAACUUGUCAUACAACAACUUGUCAGGAAGAAUUCCAUCAGGUAAUCAGUUUCAGACCUUCAUGGAUCUAUCUAUCUAUGCUGGUAAUCCUAAUCUUUGCGGGUUCCCAUUAACUCAAAAGUGCAAAGAUGAUGGGACAAACCAAGGUUCCAAUAUUGUCGGAGGGGAUGAACAAAAUUAUAACACCAUGGAUGAAGAAGGAUUUGAAAUAAAGUGGCUGAAUAUGAGCACCGGUGCAGGAUUCGCUGUAGGUUUCUGGGUUGUUCUUGGUCCAUUAUUAUUCAACAACGAAUGGAGAGGAGCAUAUUUUAAACUUAUAGAUCAAGUAUAUGAUAUAGUUUAUGAGGUCAUGUCAGUGAUUUUCACCAGGUUUGCAGAACACAACGAUAUAGCAUGACUUUUUGUUACCUUGAACUGUGUCCGCAAAACUUUGUUUUUCCUUUUUCUUUUUCUUUUUCUUAAGCGUUUUUGCAGAAAUUUUCAAAAUGGAUUAUCCAUGCUCAAACUCUAGUUUUGCAUGUGGAACCUUGUACAUGUACUACUCUAAUAAAAUAACUAGUUUUAGUUUA